GUCGUUGGAUAGCCAAGUUGCGGAAGUGCGCGCUCAGCAGAGGCUGGCAGCUUGAAAUGCAUUUACAUUAGGACCUUGCGCAGCCUACAGUACAUAUCGACCUGUAACAUGAUUUGUUGUUGGGGAUAUGAUAAUGAAAGAAUUUCUAUUCCACUGAACUGACACCGUUUCGAGUUCAGUAGCCUACCUGCGUUGUCCUGAGCGAGACCAAUCGUUAUUUUCAUGCGUCUGGAUUGGUCGGCUGGCGCGUUUACAGAGUUAUGGGUGCAUUACAGUCGUUACCUGAUGAACCCGAAUACAGAGAUCUCUCAGAAAAGACCGGUUUUUCCUUCGAGCAGAUUGGAAUCCUGCAUAAAAGAUUCAAGCAGUUGAGCCACAAUGAAGACACGCUGAGACGAGAUGACCUCAACACAAUUCCAGACCUGUCAUGCAACCCGAUCCGAACCCAAAUUAUAGAGGCCUUCUUUGACAAAAGAAACUUCCAUCAGAAUGGUGAGGGGACUGUCCAGGAGAUCAGCUUUGAGGAGUUCCUGGUGGUCAUGUCCCACUUCAGACCUCCAGCACUGGACAUGACAGAGGAACAGAGAGAGAUUAUCAGGAGGGAAAAACUCCGCUUCCUGUUUAACAUGCACGACACAGACAAUGAUGGAACAAUCACUCUGGAGGAGUACCGACAUGUAGUGGAGGAGCUGCUGUCUCGGAGUGGAGCCCUGGGGAAGGAAACGGCUAAAGGCAUAGCAGACGCUGCCAUGCUGGAGGUAGCCAGUAUCUCCAUGGGUCACAUGGAACCAGAUGAGUUUUAUGAGGGGAUCACUUUUGAACAUUUCCUAAAGAUACUGAAAGAUAUUGAGAUCGAGACAAGAAUGAACAUUCGCUUUUUGAAUAUGGACACGACGAACCUGUGCAAGAAAAUAAACUCACAACAAGAUCAUUAUUUACAAGUUAAUGGUGAGCAGAAAAUAGCUUAAGGUUGUGAGUGUGACAAAAUAAAAGCAGGGCAUUCUACUGGAGAAUUUUAGAACUUGAACACUGUCUCAUUGGCCUAAUGUUAUAUCCUAAUUUGACUUUGGUGCAGGUCAUUUUGUUCUUCACCUUACCGUCUCUUGUAAACGCACACUUUAUCAAAUAAAAUCAAAGUUUACUUGUCACAUGCACAGGAUACAGAAGGUGUAAACGGUACAGUGAAAUGAUUACUUGCAUAGUGAAGUUUUUUGUUUAGACAGACAUGUAGCUAACUAGUUUAACAAGAAACCAUAAUCCCAACUCAUAACGUUACUACCCUGCAUGAAUCUGCUGGUAGCUAAAAAACUAGCCAACUAGGUUCAAUAUUAGCUAUCUCGCUAACAUUAGGCUAUAACUAGCAAUUAUUUUAUUUUUUAUUUAUUUUAAAACGUAGUGCUCCAGAAAGUGAAGCACAUUAGCAACACUUUUGUAGUUCUUUGUGAUAUCUUUAAAAAAAGCUGCGCUAGAAAGGAUUACCUACACAUACUGAGCAGCUUAUGUUAUAGACAGAAGCGCGCUACAUGGCAGAACAAUCUGAACUCAUCUCUCGGCAUGUCCAGUCCAUCCAUUAUCUCAGCCAAUCCUGGCUAGCGGGAAGGUUCCUGUCUUUUUCCGUGGCUAAACCAACUAAGCUCGUAAUUUAACAAUUGUAUUUUGUAUUUACAGAUUGCAUACAAGUUAUUAAGGCACAUGAAAGUUCACAUGUCCCAGAAGGCAUUUCUGGCCAAAAACACAUUUUGAUUUAAAAAAUGUAUACAUUCAAAUGCCACUCCUGUGAAGUAGUGACACACAACAUACGCCUAGUUAACUGAAACCAGUCACAAAUGUAAAUACCUAUGCAGCCAAGAUACGAUUGCGACAUAUUUCAUAUCAUCUGACAAGAUGAUGCACUGCUCAACUCAGCAAUAGACCAAUCUAGCAUCCACAGUUACAACUGGUAGGUGGCACUAAAAGACCAAUAUAUGGACACAUUUCAUCCGAUUAAUUUGCAACACUAACUCCAUCGCCUUUCACAAUGGUGUAACGCUCCGGGUGUCGUGGGUGUGGAGACAGACGCAGGAAACAGAGAGUGCGAUGCUGUGCUCUUUAAUGCACCAAAACACAACACAGUGUGCUCACAACCAAAAAUACACGACCAGGAACAAACACGUUCCUCUACUACCAAACAGAAGGUCACAAUAAUUAAUCCCGCACAAACAACCAGGCGGGCCGGCUGACUAAUAAAGCCUCCCUAAUUAUACCCAACACAAAACAGGUGUACUCAAUAAACACAUAAGGAGGGGGAGGAAAGAAUCAGUGGCAGCUAGUAGGCCGGCGACGACGACCGCCGAGCGCCACCCGAACGUGAAAUGGAUUUACAAUUCUUCCAAUGUGCUUCUCGCACAAACACACACACACACAUAAUAAUAUUUCCAUGUGAAAUAUUAUUACACACACAUGUAUAUAAUAAAUAAGGUUCUAACAAAAUGUUCAUAUCAACAAUCGAAAUUACUGAAAAAUGCAUUCAAACGGUCGUGUGGGAUACACAUCUUCAAGGCCUCCUUUGGUUCCAUUUUCACAUUGACUCAAAAAGUAAUUCCCAUUACGUCCACAAAGCUAAAGCAAAUGUCCAAGAUGUCUAAAAGUCGGGGUAAAACGUCCUAAUUGGUACAGCCCAGUACUCACUUUUCGCUUGCCUGACACAUGACACCUGUCAUGCCACGUCUUGUAGAGAUCCUGUAUGCUGCCUCCUAAUGGUCUUAACUUUAAUUUUAGUUGACAUUCCACUCUUUGAACCCUCUAAACAGUGCGUUCCAUUAUUUAAACUCGGAAAAUUGUUUGAGGUGCAGUAUAGUGUCAAUUUGUCAGGUUAUUUUUGCUAGUUAGCUAGCUUUGUUCAGUUCAAGCGGUGCGAGCGUCAAAUUAUGUAGACAUGUCCAAAUGCACAGUUUACCCCAGGCAAUACCCACACAACAUGUUUAGGCAAUAUGCAUGCGUAAAACAUGAAAUCGGCUCAAUACAACACAAUACUUCAAGCUUGGCAAAGCAGCGAUGCCUAAGCUGACCCUGUCUAUUAACAGUGACUGGAGUCAGGAACGGCCGCAGUGUCAAUGGCUGGAAAGGAAUGCAUGAAUAUCCUAGCGACUUUCCUGAGGUUUUGCAUAAAAAACACCAGAUUCACUGAGGAAAAAACAUGAACAAAAAAAAUAAUGAAAAUGUUUUAUACAAUUUGUUUUUUGGAUUUGGCUUUUCAUAACAGCUUUUUUUAUUACAUUAUCACAGGGUCAACAGGGCCUACCCUGACUGCACGUCACUGACUAAGUACACUGACAAACUAUUAGAAAGCUGUUUAUGGUUUGGUUUUGGGUUGUUAUGAGCUUUUGAUCGGGGGAGGAUUUAAGCUUCUACUGUCUAGUAGCUUCUGACACUGUUAUGUUUUUACAAAUGGACUGCAUUGAAAAUAUGAAUGAGUAACUAUGCAAAUAUACACAGAUUAACAGUUGGUAUGUUAUGAAUUUAGAAUGCAGUUUUAAUGACAACCUGUAUCUGUCACAACAUACCUUUUUAUGCAAGAAUAUAAACAAUGCACUAAAUGUUAUCAAUCAAUAAUCAAUUCAAUAGCAAAGCAAUAAACCAGUAAUAAUAUCGCAAAUAAAGCAAUAGCCAAUCAUGCAGCGCUAUGAUUAAAAUGCAUGCAAUUCAUCUCCUAUUAUACUGUAUCUAUGGCACUGUGUGGAAUGAGCAAAAAAAAUUUGCAUAAGGAAAAACCAAGAGCAUGCGUCUUCUGUCUAUACCAUCAUGCAUGCACACCAAAAUAGUUGUGCUGCCACUGCCAUCAAUUUGGAAUCAAAGGUUAGAUUUCCAUGUGCAUUAACAAGUUACUGACCAAUAGAAACAAAGUACUUAUUGCCGUUGUGAUGUUUGACUGACCAGCCUAGCAUACUGGUAUACAGUAUAGCAUACUGCAAAUGUACUUGAGCUAUGGCAACACCCUCCUGAUAUUGAAGAUUGUUCUUUCAAGUCAAAUGUGCAUCCGACUUUUACAAAGAAUGAAACUUUUGCAGACAAGCAUUUGUUGACUGUUAGAAAUGGGAAAAAUGUGGGAACAAUGUUAUCCCCCAUAUAUGAAUGUUAGCUACGCAUGUUAGCUGUCUUUGUAUUUGAAUAUACAUACAUCCAUAUACUGUAUGUUUGUACUGUAAAAUAAAAUAUUUUCAUUCCUUUUUUGGGAUGUUAUUGUAGCGAGGAAUAAUGUAAAUGAUGUGACCUUCUCUUUUUAUUGGGAUAACAUUCAAAUAGAACAUGUGUA